GGCGCAGGGGCGGGGCGGGGGCCGGGCCGGCGGGCAGCCAUGGUGUACAUCUCGAACGGACAAGUUUUGGAUAACCAGAGUCGGGCUCCCUGGAGGUUGUCAUCUAUAACAGAUUUCUUCUGGUCAAUAGCAGAUUUUGUGGUUCUGUUUUUCCAGAGCAUUAUUCAACCAGAUUUAAGAAGAAGAGGCUACACAUCUUCCUCCUAUUCAGGAUACCAUGAUGGAAGAGGGCCUCCAGCAAAUCCUCGCCGUAGGAUGGGCCGAAUAAAUCACUGGGGUGGAGGCCCCAGUCCACCACCAAUGGCUGGAGGUGGAUGAGGAAGGUAA